AUGUUAUUUGUUGAGAAUUUCACGACAACGUAUAACAAUGACAUUAUUACAACAGAUGAACCGUUGACAACAAAUAUUACCGAGCAUGUUCUGUGCCAUCCGCAAGAAAAGAAGAGAAAAGAAUUUCUAAAGGAUGAAAAAACUUGGGCUCAUCCAUUCGAAGAUAUUCUUGUCGUUGUUGAUGAAAUCAAAUCAGUUGAAUUAACCGAAAUUCGGCCAACAACAACAAUUCCUACUUAA